UUCAUCAAUUAUCAUCUUGGAAGGAUGUCUCACUUUGCAACUCCUUUAAUUGUAGUAAAUCUGGGAUGUGAAAUGUUAUACGUAAUUGAUCAGAGACUUAAAACACAAAACAUUCCUGUGGAUAAAUCAGUUAAAGUACUGACAGAUCUAGUUACAGUUUUGCUUCAUCCAAAAUUAAUGGAAGAGAUAUUUUUACCGCAACCGGUACCUGCUCACAAUGUUAUAAAACAGCUGCUUUUAGAUAUAGCAGUCUCGUCAAUAAUGAGACUGGAUGAUUAUUCCAUGAACAGACUAUGGGAUUUAAUAACGAUGAUUUUUAAAUGGCAAAUUUCGAUAGCAAGAAAACAAAACGCUUUUGACAUUACCCGAAGACAUUUAAAAAGUGUAGCCAUGCUGGUUCCGGACAUUUGCUCGAAACAAGCAAUUGAAUCUACAAUAAUCAAAUUCGAAACACUUGCUAAAAAUAUUUCAGAAGAUGACUAUAAAUCUCUAUUUGGUACUUUAGUUUUAUGGUUUUCUGAAUAUCGUACUAAAAUAUCAGUUCUCCUAAGAUUAGGACUUCAGUUGAAAGACGGUUUAUUUAGAACACCAUCCGCAAUACAUCCUAAGUUAUUGAAAAACUUGGGAGAUAACAUUUACACAUACGACACUAAAAUGAAGUCUAUUGACGACUACGAUGUACAAUCUUCUGAUGGCAUUGAAAUAAAUUGUCUUCUGGGACUUAUCAAACAGUCUUCUUCGAAGGAAAGUUUAAAUUUUAUUGAGAACAUUACGCUUAAUGGAAUACGAAAAAUGGAAUCGACUGGAGCGAUCAUAGAGGACAUACAAAUAAGCAGAAAAGAAAAAGGUGAUCUAAAUUUUAUUGCUAACAUACCGAAGACUACUAAAGAAGAUUUACUUCAAAUGCUAGAUGGUGAUAUAUUAAAAGAAAUUAAUUAAAAUGCCUACGAAUUGUAUUUGCCAUUGUACUUGAUUAUUUGACCAUUACUCAUUUAUGUUAUUGUGAUAAUCUGUCUUAACCUAAGAUAAAGCAGAUAUACUAUGGAGGGUAGAGGCAAGGAGAAUCUUAAGAGAGAAAAUUUAAGAGUGUCCCGCUUAAUUAUGCUGUAAAUAACAGUUCAAAAAGCUUCCACAAUGGCGCUGAUGUAGGGCACAGGGUAUUGUAGGAAUGUAGCAAUUGUAGAUGAAGUGAAGUAUGCCGAGUUAAAUUUUUUAUAUUAUUGUCGACAGUCAUUGAAAAAGUAGUUAAUUAUUGAAAAUAUCAACAAUUUUCGUUGAAAAAUAAAAAACUACGUUUAAAAAAACCUACUUACAUCAAAAACAAAAAAAAUGUAUCUAUUAAAUAACUUAUUAAAAAAUUUAAUUUAAUACACAUCUUAUGCAAAACUUUCCCUUUAUUAUUAAUAAAAUAGUACUAUUUAUAUCUGCUACCUAUUGGAAGGUUUAAGUCGGAAAACUCCAAAAAACAACCGUACACAAACUACAAUUACAUCAUCCACGUAAACAAAAAUUUUCAUAAAACGAAAAGUACUGGGCCAUACAUACAUACUUAGUUGUAAAACUUUUAUGGGACCAAAUGGAUCUAUCUGAUUCGAACGAAGAAUCACGGAUCAUAAAUCUCUGCAUAAUCGGUGUACAUACAUAAAAAAUACCGAUCGAAUUGGGAACCUCCUUUUUGAAGUCGCUUAACAAAAUAAUGUAGUAAAUAUAACCUUACAAAAUUACUUAUUUUAUAUUUGUUGCUUUUAAACAUUUACCCUGAUGCUACUGCCCUAAUAUUACGCAUUUUGACGGACACUUGUCAUAUACACAGAUGAUUCUCCUGGCGUCUACCAUCUCUCUAAGAUAUACUCACAGUAGCUCCGUAGAUAAGACACUUUUCGCGUUCACACCUAACAAGUAUGAACUAUGACAUACUUCAUUACUACUAAGCUGUAAUCAUUAAAUAAAAAUCGUUGUUCGUGGAAAAA